GUCACCAUGUCAGGUUUAUCAAGUCAGGGUUUUUUGUAAUGUUUGGUUUUUUCUCUCAAAUGUAAUUUUUUAAAUUAAUGUGAUAAUAAAGUAAACGGAUAUGGCAUUUUUAAAGGAAUUUCUUAUACUUGUUAUUGUUUUUGCUAUUAUUAAACCGUUUGACUGUGAAAGGCUUCAUGAACAGAUAUAUUCCUCAAUUGAAGGUGGUGCAGCGUGUUUCAAAAGGCUAAAUGGAACUCAUCAGGCCGGUUGUUCUUCUUCUGAUAAGGGCGCAGUAGGUGUGGUGCAGAUGAUAUAUGAUGUAACUGAUGCACAAUGGUUGGUUUACAAUGCUACAGUUGGACCAUGCAUAGCCGUAAUCAAUACUGCUCUGUUUCAUGAUGUCAUUGAGCUAUUAAUGGCCAAACCUGCUAAUGUAGCAGGUAUCAUUGUUUAUCAUAAUGCAACAACAAGACCUACCACAUUUAGUCAAGAGUCUAAAUGCCCAAAUGAAUAUUCUUCUGGCCCUGGGAGCCAAUGUUUAUCUUCUCCAACCAGUAGUAAUGUAUGGAAUGAAGGAGGUACUGGUUUAAUAAGAAGAGACAUUCCUUAUCCAAUAUUCUAUAUUCCUCAGACUAGACUUGAGGAAAUAGAAAAAAUUGAAAAUUGCUAUAAAAGAUAUAAUCUCGACAGAUUUAACCAAGAAGGCAAACCCCUCUGCUCACUUCAGCUAAAUUCUUUUAUGUUUGCUGCUGUGAACAGUGCAGUUUGCUUAAGAAGGUCAGCAACGUCAGCACUUCUUACACCUACAAAAGUCUGUGACCCAUUAGGUGAUCAAAAUGUGCACUAUUCACUAUUCCCAUUGGAAAAGGGAGAAGAGGUAAAGAAAAAACCAAUUACUUUAGUAACUGCUAGAAUUGAUACAGCAUCAUUGUUUGAUGGUAUGGCACCAGGAGCAGCCAGCUCUGUGGUUGGGAUGGCGUCCUUGAUAAUGUCAGCGGUCACUCUGUCAAAGAUGAUACCUGUCGCAAAUUCCAGUCUAUACGAUAACAACGUAUUGUGGACAUUGUUUAACGGCGAGGCGUUCGACUACAUUGGUUCGCAGCGGGUCGCGUAUGAUUUGAGUCGUGGUGCUUGGCCCCCGUUUUCUCCUCUUACCCCGUCCGAUAUAAAUUUACACGUAGAGCUGGGACAAAUUGGUGGCUCGCUGCAAAUUUAUAAGGAGAAUGCUUCUUGGCCCUUGUACGCUUACGCUGCGUCCAGUUUUUCGCAAAUCACAGAAUUUCUGGUAGUAAUGUCAGAAAACGCCAACGCUUUUAACAUAACUUUAACACCCGAAUUUACAACAAAUCUGCCACCAUCUUCCUUACAUUCCUUCCGGAGAAUACUCAAAAAUGAGACUGAAAGCGGGGACUUGCCUGAAGUGCUACUGAUUGAUCAUCAGGGAAAGUUUACAAAUACUUAUUACGAGUCGGUUUUGGACGACGAUACCAAUAUUGGAUUUAUUUAUCAUAAUAUUAGUGUUGGACCUGAGGGAAAAUUCACCCCAACAGACGAGCUACUAGCAAACGGAAUCAUGAAAGAGACUGACAUCCAAGUAAAAAUGUCGCGGCUCGCGACUGCACUAGCCCGGACACUUUAUCAACGAGUUACUGGCAAGGCAUACACUGGUGACAUAGCGGCUUCAGCACAUUUGGCGGACGAAAUGCUGUACUGCUUGUUGAGGAGCCAGGCGUGCCGGCUGCUGAUGGCGGCGGACUACGCGUCGGGCAGCGAGGAGACGCCGAGCGCGCGGCCGCCGCCGCUGUACGUGGGCGUGGCGGCGUGGCCCAGCACGCCCGCCGUGUUCGCCGGGCACCUGCUGGCGCUGCUCGCCGGCGCGCACCUGCCGCUCGACCGCACCGCCUGCGACGCGCGCCUCGAACCCGGCUUCUCACAUUACUGGCUGAGGGGCUGGAAUCAUAGCGGCGUUUGUGUUCAAACUACAAUGAAUUUCACUCAGGCUAUGAGUCCCGCGUUUAUUAUUCCCGCUCUCGGAAUAGAUUUUGACACGGCCUUUCGACCAAAAAAAAGUUAAAGGUUAUAAAUUCAAUGAUUCAAGUGUAACAUUAAAUCAAAAUCAUGACUGGUUUUACCAAAUCCAAGGCCAACAACAAAAGGUUUACAAAAUAAAAUGUCUGAAUACUUGCCAUAUGUACUGGUCCAGAUUAUGCAGUAAAUGUACUAAAAAUUAACAAAGACGACCAAUUUUAGAUUUUCAAUAUGUUACCCAAGGUACAAACUUUUUAUGGAAAAUGUGUACUGCCUGAUAUUAUCGACUCGAGAAAAGUUCGGUCAAUGCCGUUGCGGCAAAUAUUUUUCUAAUAAAAAAUAUGGUAAUUGACUAUAAGUGCCGAUUAAAAAAAUAUUAGUUAC